CGUUAAUAUUUGUGAAUAGGACUACGUUCGUGUUAUGCAAGUAAUUCUAAUAAAAUUUCUCAACUAUGUCAAUAGAAAUUUAUAACAUUUUUAUUUCCGCUCAAGAUGCUGGUCCAAACUAUCAAGUACAAUAUGUGGAUUCUGAGAUAUAUCAUAGUAAUUCCAGUCAAACUCAAAUGACAUAUCCAUUCUGUCCAGUUGGCGAUUAUCAAACAAAUGGACAAACCUAUUACGCAACAACAACGUCUGGCAACUAUGGCACUACAUCGACCAAUACACCAACAACACAUGCAUCAACACUACCAUAUCUGGUGCCGGUUGAAGAGACAUUGUUGUUGAAUUCUUCAUCACAAUCGCAUAGUCAGGAUUCACCGCAUAGUCUUACGGAAGUGACUUAUUUGCAUGAAGCACACAGCAAACCGCAAACACCCACUUCAACCACAACGACAAACUCUUUAAGUGGUGGCAGCAUUGGUACCGGUGGCGGUGGUGCAUCACCAGAAAGUGAACAAAAUACUUUGGGGAAUACAAAUAAAAUCGCCUCGGCAACGAUCAAAUGGCUUUCACGUAAUUAUGAGACUGCCGAAGGUGUCAGUCUGCCACGUUCCACUCUCUACAAUCAUUACAUGCAACAUUGUAAUGAAAAUAAAUUGGAGCCAGUAAAUGCAGCCAGUUUUGGCAAAUUAAUACGUUCUGUCUUCUCCGGUCUACGCACACGUCGUCUGGGUACGCGCGGUAAUUCAAAGUAUCAUUAUUAUGGAAUUCGCAUUAAACCCGGUUCAAUGUUGGUUGAUGUAAUGGAUGAGAAAAUUUCCUAUCAGUUGCAGAGUAGCAGUUCAAAUGCUGUUAACAGUGGAACUGUUAUGUCAAGUGGCAGUACAAUGAAUAGUACUAGAAGCUCAAAGAAAAAUAUCAUUAAGCCGGAAUCUUAUGAGGCAUGUGCACAGUAUUUGGGUAAUGGCGCUGGCGUAUUACCAACUUUUCCUCCUAUUGAACUGGAUAACACCUUUAACAGUGAACUAACUCAGGAUGAUGUUGAAACCUUUCGUGCAAUGUAUCGUGAUCAUUGUGAAGCUUUUUUGGAUGCAGUCGUCAGUUUGGAAUUCAAUACCAUUGAACUAGUCUGGCGUGAUUUUUGGCGUUCAUCAGAUAAUAAUAAUAUGGAUGAAUGUGAUGAAGAAAAAUAUUUAAGUAAAACUAAAUUAUAUUUACUCUUUCAUUGUGUGGAAAUACACAAAUUUAUACAAGAAGUAGACUAUCAAUUUUAUCAAAAUAUGGUUGAUGUUAUUAUACCGGAUGUGUUACGUUCCAUUCCAAAUGCUUUAACUCAGGCCAUACGUAAUUUUGCUAAGAAUAUGGAACUUUGGUUGUGUGAAUCAAUGGCUGGUAUACCAGAACGUCUGGUUCAAAUAAAAACAUCUACGGUAUCAGCAUUUUGUCAAACUUUACGUCGUUAUACAUCCUUAAAUCAUUUAGCACAGGCAGCACGAGCUGUACUACAAAAUAGUUCUCAAAUAUCACAAAUGUUGAAUGAUUUGAAUCGAGUUGAUUUUCGUAAUGUACAGGAACAAGCUUCAUGGGUUUGCCAGUGUGAAACGGGUCUGGUACAACGUUUAGAAAAUGAUUUUAAAGCUGCACUGCAACAGCAAAGCACUUUAGAGCAAUGGGCUGCAUGGUUACAACUUGCUGUUGAUACAGCUUUGGAGGAUUAUCAUGGAAAGCCUAGUUAUCCCAAAGCAGCACGUCAAUUUUUACUCAAUUGGAGUUUUUAUAGUUCGAUGAUUAUACGAGAUUUAACAUUGCGUUCCGCUUCUAGUUUUGGUAGUUUCCACUUGAUACGUUUACUCUACGAUGAGUAUAUGUUCUACUUAGUGGAACACAAGAUUGCAGAGGCACAACAAAAAACGGCUAUCGCUGUCAUUUGCGAUCGGCUGGUGAGUUUUCAAAAAGAUGUAGACUUUGAUUUUGACUAUCAAUUAGAUUUUAUUAACAACACUAACAUUAAUCCAAACCAUGUCGCAAAACGCUUAAAAUCUGAAUGAGUGCAUGCUGAUAGGAAUCUGGACAGGAAUCUUAUUUUCUUACUAUGCGCAAUUUUAAGAAAUCAUAUAAAGAACAACAAAUCAUAAGUACCUUUGCAAAUUGGCUACAUUACCAUGCCAAAUACAAUAAUAAGACAUACAACUAACUCGGUGUAUGAAUGUUUGCAUUGAAAUGCAAUAUGCAAUAAUAUGUUUAUAAAUAAUUAAGUUAUAUGUUUAUAGAUUUAUAGAUGUUUAUAUGCAUUUAUAAUUCGCCAUAAAUAGUAUUAAGCCGUCCAUACGAAGGUUAUACUUUAACUAAAGA